GAAUUACGUAUUUAAAAAAAUUGAAUUAUCUAUUUCCAAGUAAAUUACGCUAGUAGUCCCAAUAACUUAUUUAUGGUAUCCUCAAAAUGGAAUGCAUUUCUCUUUAUGUCAAUACCUCCUAACACAAUUCUUAGAGUCAACUCUAUUAUAAUUCUUAAUGACUGCAUUUCUAUAGCAUUAAUUUUAAUUUCAUGCUUCUUCUGCCACACGCAACUUUCACUACCAUACAUUAAAAAUAGAAUAGAAUAUUUUUUAUGCAAUAUACUAGUCAUUUAAGUUUCACCACUGGUUCGGUAAGCUAGGUACUAAAACAUCAUUAUGAAUUACCAUUGAAGAUUGAAGGGCCACAAUCACAAUGUGUCUUGCAAGUGUGGCAUAUAUUCCCCCUCGAGACAAUAAAUGGAGGAGGCAUCAGACAUGGACUUUGUGCGCUUUUUAAAGUCUGUAAUAAUAAUGAUGAUGAAGGUUUUAAUUAGCUAGUUGUUUUUUUAAAGUUCAAAACAUUUUCGGGAUCGAGAUUUGAAUGGAUCAAAACUAGUUUAUUUGCAGAGAAGUUUAUUUAAAAUUCUCUUGAUCUUAGACGCCAAUUUGAACUAGGGCUUAUCAUAUUGUCAGCCAUCUUUUAUCAACUGUAGAUACUUACUCCUUUGCUGUAUUGACGAUACAAAGUUUUACGUACAGAAAUUUUUAUUUUUAGGUCUGAAACAUAUGUAAAUUAAAUUUGUGACAUGUGGUGACGAUGUAAGGAAUACAUCAUCCCAUUUUCUGUUGUAAGAAUCUUAUGAGGUGACUAUGGGAUAAGGAAAUAUCUUAAUAUGACAUUAAUUUGGCCCAUAUUCAAUUAAAACUUUCUGAAAUAUGUUGGCAAUCAACUCAUCAAACCCAAAAAUUAUUUAUAUUUUUGUACUAAUGUUGAUUUUUUUAUAGGAUAAGGGUGACAAACGAGCACACAGUCCACCUGAUGGUAAGUGAUUACUGUGGCCUAUAGACAUCUACAUCUAUCUUCGAUUACGAAUCAAAAUGCAGAUGCGUUGUCACACGUGAGGACUAAGAUGGAAUGCGUCGUUUCUAGUAAGAAGGGUCUCCGGUUCUCUACACUCAUCAUACGAAGCACAGCAGCGUUAAAUUGCUAUUCUUUUAUUCUAUUACGCUGGUAUUCUGUGAGAGUGCGGUCCUUCCCCGAUCGAGCCGACCCAUUCGUGCUACAACCAUAAUAUAGCUGCAGCAUGGCUCUACCACGUAUCAACUAAUGUUGAUAUCGGUGCAAGACCCAUUUUUUUUUAAUAGGAAUAUAUUUUUCAGAUACAGCCUCAUAAUACACGAAGCGUCACAUAUAAUCUUUAACACGAGGUUGCCUCUCCUCUGCACUACCUGUGACAGAUACAUUGCCGGGACCCGGAAGAAUCUCAAACACCACAUCCAGACUCAUCAUUCGGACUAUGUGAAAAAGAAAACCUUUAGGCAAAAGUGCCUGGAAUGUGGACUCUAUUACAUUAGUUACCUUUCACACGUAGAUAAUUACCACAGAUGCGAACAGAAAGAAGUGUUGAACUAUAAAUAUGAGAAGAUUAUGGAAAUUUGCGAUUUAUGUUACAAGUUCCUCAAAUCCGGAACGAAUCGCUACUAUAUAAGAAUUGGCAGCGUUAGCAAAUUAGGUCAUAGGAAAAAGUGCAAUGUAUGUAUGAGGAAGUUUUUCGAACUGAACAAAGUGAGGAAGACGCAGAUAAAAAUUAAUUACGGUUUAGAGAAAAAGCGGAAUAUAAUAGAUAAUAAGAGGUUGACUAAUAACCAGAGACUAAAAAAUAUACAGAUGCGAUUGAAAAAUAUAAAUAAGUUGAGAAAAUUUUAGAGGUUUUGCUGUUUUAUUACUAUUACUGGUGGUCGCCAAGUGGUCGUAAUUAGACCAAAGUAAUUCAUGAAAUUUUUAAGUUUGUAUAUUUUGUAUAAGCUAAGCUAUUAAGCUAUUAACUGAUCAAACACUUUCAACUGCACAAUAAUAUGUAAAAAAAAGUGUAUUUAAUAUACUUUUCACAUAUACAAAAUAUAGAAUAUCGUCACCUUAAUACGCAUUCCUUGUAACUCCAUAUAUAGGCGGAAACGACAUUUUGAUACCAUUGGAUGUGUAAGGACGAGAGAAAUGAAACGCUUGAGUGUUGACGUAAGACUGCCUGUAAUUACGUUAUUAAUAAGUUUAUAUAUAAGAUUAUACCCAAACGUACGUAUAGGUACUAGGUAGAUACUACACCUUCCUUCCCAAAGAAAAAAGAAAUGAAUAUGUGCAUUUCUUUUUUUUGUUUUAUAAUACUAACAUUUAAAAUUACACAAUAAUUAUAUUCUAAUUUUUAAAAUGUAAACAUGGGUAAAAGCAUAAACAAAUAGUUAUAAAAUAUUUAGAUUAAUAUGAUUACAAUUGGUAUUAUAAUACUUAAUAUUAAGGUAAAGUAAUAAUAAUUAAUAAAACUUAAUACACUAAUUUAUUAUAAUUAUAAUCGAUUAAGUACACAAUGUCUGUAAUGUAUUACUUAUGAACUAUAAUAUUAUUACAAUAUUAUAUAUGUAAUAUUAUAAUAAAUUUACUACAUUUAUUUUAAGGAUAAUACAACUUAGUUCGGUUUUUGUGAACAAUGUAAUUUUUGCCAUUUUUUAGUAUUUCAACAUUCGGUGAGCAAUCUCUAAUUACUAAAUAUGGACCUGAAUAAAUGGCGCUGAGUUUGU